GUGAGAUAAAAAAGCCCUGACACUACGCUGAUAAAAUCUUUGAAGCUUAUUAGUGUUCUAGUCUUCUUAAAUAUCUAAAGAUUUUUAGAGUAUUGAAAUGCAGAGAUAUGGUUGGAGCUUCGCUGACAAGGCCUGAGCUCAGUUCGCGAGCCAAGAGCAAAUACGUCGAAGACGGAGGGUGAAAUUUUAAGAGAGAAAUGGGUGACAACAAGUGUAAAGAUGGUAAUUCAACGUUGCUACAUGGGAAAUACGAGCUGGGUCGGCUUCUGGGUCAUGGUACUUUCGCCAAGGUGUACCGUGCCAGAAACUUACAGUCCGGGAAGAGCGUGGCGUUGAAGGUUGUGAGCAAAGAGAAAGUGAUCCAAGUGGGUAUGAUGGAGCAGAUCAAGAGAGAAAUCUCGGUGAUGAAGAUGGUACGGCAUCCAAACAUAGUCGAGCUCCACGAAGUUUUGGCGGGCAAAUCCAAGAUCUACUUCGCCAUGGAACUCGUCCGUGGAGGCGAGCUUUUCUCGAAAAUCGCUAAGGGUCGGCUUAGAGAAGACGUGGCGAGAGUCUAUUUCCAACAACUCAUCUCCGCCAUCGAUUUCUGUCACAGCCGCGGUGUCUACCACCGAGACCUCAAGCCUGAGAACUUGCUCUUAGACGAAGAAGGUAAUUUGAAAGUCACUGAUUUUGGUCUCAGCGCUUUCACUGAUCAUUUGAAGCAAGAUGGGUUGCUACACACAACGUGUGGCACACCGGCUUAUGUGGCGCCGGAGGUGAUUGGAAAGAAAGGCUACGAUGGUGCUACAGCUGAUCUUUGGUCCUGUGGAGUUAUCCUGUUUGUUCUUCUAGCUGGGUUUUUGCCAUUUCAGGACAAUAAUCUUGUGGCCAUGUAUAAUAAGAUUUACAGAGGUGACUUCAAGUGUCCACCAUGGUUUUCUUUAGAAGCUCGAAGGCUAGUCACGAAGCUUCUCGAUCCGAAUCCGAUGACAAGAAUCACAAUCGCGAAAAUCAGGGAUUCUUUUUGGUUCAAAAAGUCAUUACCCAAGUCAAUCCUAACUAAAGAGGAGCAAAAGUUUCAGGAGUACGAGAAGUCACCAUUCAAAGAUUCCGAGACUCUGAAUGCGUUCCACAUAAUAUUGUUGUCCGAAGGGUUAGAUUUGUCGCCGCUGUUCGAAGAGAAGAAAGUGGAGGAGAAGGAGGAGCUGAGGUUCGCGACGACGAGCCCGACAAGCAGUGUGAUAUCGACGCUGGAGGAGAUGGCAGCGAAGAGUGGGAAUUUCAGUGUGAAGAAGAGCGAGUCGAGGGUGAGACUUCAAGGAAACGAGUGUGGACGUAAAGGGAAACUGGCUAUUGAGGCGGAGAUUUUUGCCAUGACGCCGUCGUUUCUAGUGGUGGAGGUGAAGAAAAACAAUGGCGAUACCUUGGAAUACUACCAGUUCUGCAGUAAGGAGCUCCGGCCGGCUCUUAAAGACAUCUUUUGGAUCUCGCCCACCGACAAUUCCGCUCUAUGUUAGAACACGCUUCAACAAUGGUGGAGUGAAAUUGUAGUUUAGAGUGUGAGAGGUUGAAGGAAUGAAAUAUGUAUUGAAUGAGAAUGUAUAUAUAAUAAUAUAGUUCAGCCCCUUUUAUA